CGGCCCCGUCUCGCACGCGCCCGCCCGUCCGUCCGUCGCCCCCAUCCCCUCUCGGCGAUUCUCCUAGGGUUAGCGCCACCGCCGCCCGCCUCCGCCGUCGCCCCGUCUCCUUCUCCUCCGCCCCACCUGCCCGUCCCGCCGCUCGAGCCGUGCCACGGGGGCUGCUCGCCGGCCGCCUCCGCCCCGGCCCCCUCGUCGACCGCGGUCGCCCCGUGAAGUGCCGCCCUCGCCCGCCAGUCGCAGCCAAGCUGCCCCCUCCCCCUCUCCGGCCCUGCCCCGCACGCACUGCUCUGAUUUCAGUUGGUUGAUCCCUCAAAUUCUGAAAUGCUUACCAAAGGGAGGAGAGUUGCCGGGAGGGGUGAAGACAUGUCUGCACAUUAUGCAUUUGGGCCACAUGAGGAUGAUGCGAUUAUCAAACAUCGGCUUCUGACUAGGAUCACAACUACCAGGGGUGAACCACCCCUAAAGAAGCUCCAAAAGAAGUUCAUGUCCUUCGCCACCGAGGUAGAGAAGGAUGCAGACAAUACAAGUGACUGUGAGAGGCUGUACAAGGCCUUUCUGCAGGAAAUUAACACUUUUGAGCUGCCUCUUCUAAAAAGCAAGGCUGUAGUUGAUGCAAAUCUCAGGGAAAAGGAGAGCUUCAACGAGCUGCAGGUUGAGAUCCAGCGACAAAUCUUGCAAGCUCAGACUGAUAUUGAGGAUCUUAAAAAGCAACUUGAGCAAAGCAAGAUUGAGAGGCAGCACAAAGAGGAGUGUGAAGCAAUCAGAAAACUGAUUUCCUCGCAGCCUCCACGGUCAGAAACCGAGAAACUUAUCGCUAAUCUUGAGAAGGAGAUAGCUAAUUUGGAGGCCGAGAGUGCAGCAUGUACAAGGACGUUAGAGCUUAGGAAGAAGCAGUUUGCUCUUCUUCUGCAUGUGGUGGAGGAAUUGCAAAUCUCGAUCGAAGAUGAGCAAAGGAACAUAGCAGAUGAGCUGAGAGCCGCCACUGAAGAGCCAAAGUUGAGCAUAGAGGAAGGCAGCGGCGGUGCUUCGGAUGCGAUGGCUGUAGACUGAUUAACGAUCCUAGCACUAGCGAGUUGCUUACCCUGCACGCUCAAGCAUGCUUCGGUAGUGUCUGGGCGCGGUGUUUCUUUGUAAGAGAUCCCUUUUUUGUUGUUGCUGUGGUAUCUUGAACCGUAAGAUGUACUUGACGUCGAACCAUUCCGUGCUUGUAUGAUAGAGAUGCAGAAUCAUUGUGCUGUAAUAUGUACUCCAGAUUUAGAAUUGCAGCGUGAUUAUUUAUCGAAAA